AUGAACGCGGUCGGGGGACGCUUCGUCAAUGGAGCGUCUCACGAGGCUGCCCGCCGGAUGACUACGUGGGCUAACUUUGGGUCCAUCGCAAACCCCGCGGACGCCGAUGAGGAAGGCUGGACGCCCGUCACACAGCUCAGAAGGAAGGUACGUACCACGAACUACACCGUCAUUCUACGGCCGAAACAACCGAUCAGGAUGGCGGCACUCUCCCCGAAGCUCUUCAUAGACGCGGUCAGGAGCGAGGCGAACAAGAUUCGCCUAACGACCGGUUUCAAGGUUCGCGUGCUGCACAGGUCCAACACGAUCGCCAUAGACACCUCCAACCCCCAGCUAAGAGACGACCUUCUCAAGGUGGAAUCUUUCCCAUUCGGGGGCGAGACGCCAAUUCUAGUGCAAACCUAUGAGCCAGCUAGGCGAGAAAACGCCCGGGGCGUUAUCCAUGGCGUCGACGAAUCGAACGCACAGACACUACAACGAAUGAUCACAUGUCCUUCACACCGAGUUCUCUCGGCGCGACCCAUAGGAUCGUCUGGCUCCAUUCUCAUCGCUUUCGACGGCCCGACUCUCCCCUCGCACGUGUUGUUCGACAUACUCGAGAAGAGGGUCUUCGAAUACAAACCCAAAGUCGUAGUAUGCUCACAGUGCCAUGACAUCGGCCACAAGCAUGACAUAUGCCCCAACCAGCACCGGCAACGAUGCGAAAAGUGCGGCAGGAUGAAGCACGGCGAUGACGAAUGCAACGGCGAAACGCCAGAAUGCAGGAACUGCAAGGGAUCUCACAUUGCGACGGACUCAUGUUGCCCGGCCGCGAGGAAGGCCACUCAGAACCUCAGAUCCAAGCUCCAACCCCCCGGAACACCACCCAAACACGAGCCCUCACGAAACACGCGACCCUCACGAUCGAGGAGACGCAGGCGCCGCCACAAGAAAUCGACCAACGCCGGCAAUGGCAGCGCCAACACAGACGCACAACAGGUCACGCCAAAAGCACCGUCGCCGAACCGGACCUCAACCAGACGCCCUAAACGAUCCACAGACACUAAUUCAUAA